CCCAGAAGCCCAAGGGAUUGGCACCUCCGCCGGGAAGCCCUCGGGAGGAAGAGCGCGCCCUCUGCCGGUGCCAGGGCGCCAGUACGCCUGGGGUGCAGUCCACAGCGCCUCUUUAGAGGCCCCACCCCUGCCCCUCACCCCCUCACGUGACUCCAGCUCCCUCCCAGCCUGCGGGUGGUUCGGUGCGGGGAGCUCGGGGAACCCAGAACGAUGUGGAAGCCAGCUCCGGGUCAGGCUUGAAACCACACCGGCCAGGGGCAAGCUCUGGGGUCCAAGUUUGGGCUGGCAGCAGGAAGAGGGUCCUGAGGGAAGAGACCCAUCGAGGUACCCGCUCCCAGGCUGGAGGUGCUCCUGGGGCGGGCCUGGAGGCUGAGGCCCACUCGAUGGCCCUGGAGCUACAAGGCAAGGGACUGAGUCAGGAGUUGGUGCCUGGCCCCCAGCUCCUCUCCCAGCCACCCGGAAUGUCUGCUCAGGGGAAGGCUCCGGCCUUCAGGAGGCUCCAGGUUUCUCUGCAUGACAUCUUCGCUGAAAGUUGGCCCAGGAACCCUUGUCCCGUGUGUUUGGGUUUUCCAGAGAGAGCUUUGGUUGGCAGGGAGAGGCUGGGAGGGGUGGGGAGGAGGAGCUGCCCCGGGCCAGGAGAGGCGGGAGGAGGUUGGAGUGAUGAAAGGGGCCCUACCCUCAGUAAAGAGCGGCCUCCCAAAAGGAGGCUACCAUCCUCCCCAGACCCAGCCCCUAUGGGGGCAAGAAAGAACAGCAGGAAGUAUGAGGCCUGCUCAGAGGGUGGGGAGGGGGCAGGAGGCUUCUUGUGGUCUGGUCAGAGCCCUGGUGGGGACAAUCCCCUGUGUGAGGGAGACCCCCCACCAGGGGCUGACGUGGGGUCCUUGGGAGACCUUUGUGGUCCUCUCUCUCCCAACAACACUGGGCCUGGGUCAGGAGAUCCAGGUGGAACUUGUGUGGGAUGUGUCUCAGGGACUGUGAAGUUUGAAUAUUUGCCUGCUGCAGAGAACGGGGUCCAGCCAGGCAGCCCCUCUGACCCUGUAGGGGUCCUACCACCUGAUGGAGGGGAAUCCCUCAGGCCAGCUGUCUGGGAUCCCAGCUCUGCACUAGACCUUGGAGCAUCUGGAAAGGCCUCCACAGUGUGGCGAGAAGCUGAGCACCUAGUCGGGGCUCGCUGUGAUGAUGGCCCUGCUGUCUCACACAGUCAGGAAGAGCUAGAGGUCAAGGCUCAGCCAGAGUCCAGGGGGAGGCUGGGAGAAGGACCCCCUGCUCCCACUGACAGCCCCUCCAGCUCCUUGGCGUCUACAACCAGCAGGGCUCACUCGGGCCCAUUCAUGGGACAGAGAAGAUCCAAGUAUGCUAAGAAGUCGAGGAGAGGCCCAGUGUCCAGCGCCCAGCACCAGGGCGUAGACAGGAGUGCGGAUGACUUCAGCGAGGACCAGCCAGACAAAUCCCACCCAGGAAGCUUCCCCAAACCGCUUGGUUCUGGGGCAGUGCUCCACCUCCUGGGGGCCCUCCGCCGUGGCCAGGCAGGGGAGCCGCAGCCCCCAAAGCUGGAGGUGCUGGAGGACAUGAUGGAGGUCAGCUUAGCAUCGCCUGUCCAGAGGCCCAGAAGGAAGGAAAGGCCCGUGGUCCAAGGCCCUGCCAGGUGCCAGGAGGGGGCUCCUGUGUGUGAGGCCUGUGCUGAGCAGAAGCUGGGGAGGUGA